AUGGAUUUUUUCAAUUCUGACAAAUUUACAAAUUUCUUAAAUACUACACAAACAGGUUCAGCACAUUCGUCUCAUGGUAUUGACUUUCCCAUCUUUAUGCAAACAUUGUUCACCUCAAUAUGUUUUUGCACAAUUCAAUUAACUUUAUUUUGUUUAUUAAGAUCGAUAUUCAACUACCUUUACCAACCACGAUGUUUUUGUGUACCAAUCAAUGAAAGGAUGGAAAUUUUGCCUCGUGGGUUUAUCAAGUGGAUCAUCCCAACUUUGCAAAGUAGUAUCAAUACAUACCUCUCUUUGGGAUUGGAUGCCUAUUUCUUUGUUCGGUUUAUAUCAGUAUUGUCAUUGUUUUUUUUGUUGAUUGGAUCCUUGAAUAUGAUUAUAUUGAUCCCUAUCAAUUUCACAGGCAAUUCCAUAGAGUUUACAGCAGCAGGAUUGGACAAGUUAAGUCUUUCCAAUAUUGCAAAUUCAAAUGUGUCUAGACUAAAUGCACAUUUCAUCAUGGGAUUAUUAACAAUCGGCGUAUUCCACUGGUUAAUAAUUUACGAAUUUCAAAGUUUUGUAAUAAUUAAACAAUCCUAUCUUUUAUCAGAGUCACAUAAAAACUCAAUCAUGGCUAGAACAUUAUUGAUUUUCAAUGUUCCCCAUUAUUUACAAGAUGAGCAGGUCUUGAGAGAUUUGUUCCAGUUUGUACCGGGUGGUGUGACUCAUAUAUGGCAUGUUUGUGAUUUUGAAAAAAUCGAUCAUCAAGUUGAAAAAGCAAAGGAUGCAUUGAACCUUUUGGAAAAGUCUCAAAUCUUAGCAUUGAAAGGGUACUAUUGUUCAAUCCUGUUAUUAUGGCAAAAGAAAGAACAACAAAAUGAUGCCCUCUACCGAGUGAAAAAAGACAUCAAGUUUUUCCCUCCAAUAUAUUGCCGUAUGAUCAAGUUCCCGCAAAUUGAUCGCAGUCUCAGGCUAAAACUUCCAGGAUGGCUAAGGCUCUUUGCUUUGCAAAAACGAGUAUCAAUGUUGAACUGGGCAUUGGAAACCUUGCAAGAAUGCCACCUAAAAAUUGAUGAGGAAAAGCUUAAAUUGGCCAAUGGCCAAUUAAGCAAACACAACAAGAUAUUUAUUGAGUUUCAAGAUCACAAGGGUGCGUGUAUUGCAAACCAAUGCCUUCUCUCUCAAAGUCAAGGUUGUUUCGACAAGACCUUAAUUGAAGUGCACCCACAGGAUAUAAUAUGGAGAAACAUAUCAAGAACAGAUGGAAUAGGUUGCAAAUUUGAAAAGUACAUUGUCACCAUUCUAUUCAUCAGCAUAAUAGUACUAUAUGUUAUACCCGUAUCGUUGAUCCACUCGCUUUCGCAAAUACCACUACUUAUUCAUUUGAUGCCGUUUCUAAAAUGGAUAUAUCAAUUCCCCGAGGAAGCCAGGCAAACUAUAUCAGGUUUCCUUCCUUCCAUCCUACUUACCAUUUUAACCGAAUUUGUCAUGAUAACAUUUCGGUUCUUGACUUAUUUCAAGGGAAAAGCCACUGGAAGCGAAGUGGAACUUGAUUUGCAGAAAUGGUUUUUUGCAUUUCUUUUUGUUCAGCAGUUUCUUGUGGUGACUAUAUCAUCUAGUGUUACCGUUAUUUGUAAACAGAUUAUUGACCAGCCAACAUCAAUUCCUGUAUUGUUAGCUACAAAUUUGCCAAAGUCUGCAACUUUCUUCUUCCAGUACAUUUGUCUUCGGGCAUUUGCAUUCUGUGGUAACAAUUUCCUUAGAAUAACCCAAUUAGCAUUAACAAACUCAUACUACAAGAUAGUGGACAUCACACCGAGACAAAAAUUUAACCGAAUAACUGCAUUACCUCAGAUUCAAUGGGGCACUACAUUUGCCGUAUACUCAAUAUACGCAUGUAUCGGUAUUUCCUACUCAAUCGUUUCUCCACUUAUAUCCAUAUUUAUCAUUUUUUUUUUAAACCUAUCCAUCUUGUAUUACAAAUAUGCGUUGAAGUAUGUUUACAGUCAUAUCAAUACUUCAGAAACAAUGGGGAGACUAUACCCUAUUGCAUUGCUUCAUUUGUUCACAGGGAUAUACUGUCUUGAAUGUUGUCUUAUUGGAGUUUUUUUCCUCCUGAAAGAUUCAUCGGGUAAAUAUGUUAUGAGAAUUCAAGGCUGGAUAAUGACUGGGGUUUUGUUUUUCACAAUUUUUGCAAACACAUUGAUUUAUAACAGGUAUUUACCAUAUUUCUCAGAUUUGCCCAUUUUAUCAGAUAAAUUAUAUAAAGACGAAAAGAAAUGUGAAUCUUCAUCAACUCCAGUUAAUAGUACCAUCAAUAGUAGUACAAACCACGAAUUUCUUUAUCUUCAUCCAGCUUUCAAAUAUGAAAAGCCCAAAAUCUGGCUUCCCAAAGAUCCUAAAGGGUUCUCCAAUUUGCAAAUUGAAGAGAUACAAUCAAGAUCAGCUGCAAUAAAGGGUGCAACUAGUGGUGCAGAAGUUCAAGUUGGAAAAUUUUUAAAGACUUUAAAAAUGCACAUUUCGGAGGCGCCACCAGAUUACAAAUGA